AUGUCGGCCACGACUAAAGCGCCGCCGUCGGACCCGGCCCUCGCUGGCGAGAGCAACGUUCCUCGCAUUCUCGGGCUCGGCAUCACUUUCCAUGCGCUUGCUCUAAUAUGCUUCUGCAUGCGCAUGUAUACGCGCAUCUUCGUUGUCAAGGCCUUUGGCAAGGACGACGUGAUGAUGGUCUUGUGCAUAAUCGGUCUCACAGGAGGAGGGAUGAUUACAAUAGCAGUAGCAACAGCACACGGCCUGGGUCACCAUGCAUUCACGUUAUCAGAUGAUGACCAAAAAGUCUACGGCAUAACCGUCUUCAUCCAAGCAAUCUUCACCACAGUCACCAGUCUUUGCUUCCUCAAGCUCUCGGUGGCUUUCUCUCUGCUCCGGCUGAGCAACCCAAUGAACACGUGGUGGACGAGGGUGAUUUGGGGCUUGAUUGUUUUCAUCUGCCUCUACAUGGUCGAGAGCUGGAUCUCGAUUCUGGCCUAUUGUGAUCCGGUUGCUGCACAGUGGGAUAAAGCACUUUUGAAGACGGCGAAGUGCUGGCCGAUAGAGAUCUUCCGCAUCUUCCCCCUUAUCAACACAGGCUGCAAUAUAUUCACCGACGUCUGCUUUGCGACUCUUCCCAUUCCCAUCAUAUGGCGGCUGCGUAUGUCGGUACGGGCGCGGGCCUACUUAAUCGGCGUGUUUAGCCUGGGAUAUAUCGCGGUCUUCAUUGGAGUCGCAAAAGCCGUCUCCCAAGUCAAGUUUCGGGGCGAUCCCGACGCACUGACUCAAAUCGACAACCCUCUCAGCCUCCAACAAAACGUUGGUGUCGUUGCAGCUUGCGCGCCAACCCUCAAGCCGCUGGUCGGCCGCUGGCUCAAGCUCAAUACC